AUGAUGAAGUCCUUCAUUGUCAAGACGGAUGAGAGGCUACAUGCUCAUGGUGCAGCUAUCAAAAAACAUGGCACAUGUUUGCGAAACUUGGAGAGACAAGUGGGACAAAUUGCAACUAUAUUGUCUGAGAGAAUUCCAGGUACUUUGCCUACUGAUACUGAGAAGAAUCCCAAAGAAAUGGUGAAUGUUGUGACCUUGAGAAGCGGGAAAGUGUUGAAAGAACCCACUCUGAUCCAAAAAGAGGUUGUACCUGAAAAAGAAAGUGGGGAGCAACUAAAAAUUGAAGUUGAUGAGAAGAAGAAAGACAAGAAGGGAGUAGAGAAAAAGAAGAAGGAGGAAGCUUUGAGAAGGGAGGAACAUGAUAUGAGCGACCAUAUGCCUGCUCUAUCUUUCCCACAAAAGCUAUAUAGAGAAAAUCUGGACAAGCAAUUUGAGAGAUUUCUAGAUAUGCCGAGACAGGUUAAUAUAAACUUACCAUUCACAGAAGUACUUUCACGAAUGCCAGCUUGUGCAAAAUUCUUGAAGGAGAUCCUUACAAAGAAUAGAAAGAUAGAGGAGACCUCAGUUGUCAAGAUCAUAGAGAAUUGCAGUGCAACUUUUCAAAGAAAACUCCCACAAAAGUGUGGAGAUAUAGGGAGUUUUACAAAACCUUGCUUUUUAGGCAUUCUUAACUUUGAUAAAUCUUUAUGUGAUUCUGGUGCCUCACUGCCAGAUCAAACAACUAUAAUACCCGAGGGGAUAGUGGAAGAUGUCUUAGUUCGGGUGGAUACGUUUGUAUUUCCUGUAGACUUUAUAGUGGUGAAGAUGGAGGAGAAUAAGGAGACACCCCUCAUCCUACGAAGACCAUUCUUAGCAAUGGGUAGAGCGAUAUUAGACAUACACGAUAGAACAAUCAUGCUUAGAGUGGGCGAGGAGACUUUGACUUUUGAGAUAAAUGUAGAAACGGGGGUGAAAAAGGAGAAACCAGCUGCAAGUGUUGAGUGGAAAGUGAAGGGAGAGAAAGAAAAGGCUGCAUUGAGUGAGAAAGAUAAGCGUGAGGUGUACCUCAAGAAGGCUGAGAAGAAGCUAUCUGCAUAG